AUGACUAAUGUCAGUGAAUAUGUCAAAAGACUGAAUGAUGAGGCGGUGGAGACCCUCAUUCCCGCCAUUAUCUACGUUGUUAGUCUCAUGGUCAUCGGUGUUGUCGGAAACCCUAUUAUUGUAUACUUUUAUGGUUUUAAAUUGAAAACGACCCCAUCUUAUAUGUUUAUCGUGGCUUUAGCCAUGUUUGAUUUUGUCAUUUGCGCUAUUUCCAUGCCACUAGAAAUCGUUGAUCUAGUUCGAUUUUACACAUUUGAGAGUGCCAUAGCUUGCAGACUUUUAAGAUUCGUGAACUACUUUAUGGCUAUAUCAAGUGGAUUAAUUCUCAUUGCAAUUGCUGUUGAUCGUUACCGAAAAAUUUGCAAGCCAUUUGAAUCCCAGAUAACAAUAAAAAUGGCCAAGAUAAUUAUAUCAUGUGCUCUCUUUGUGUCCUUGUGUGUUUCGUGGCCAAGUUUUGUUUUUUAUACCGUUGUGCAAGUUAAUCUUACAGAUAUUGCUGGUGCAGUGGGUCAAGAUUGUACCACAAGGCGAAACGAUUCAUACAAACUCUAUAUUACUUUAUACAAUGGAAUUUUAUUUCUUAUUUUCAUUAUAGCCAUUACAUCCCUGAUCGUUCUUUAUUGUCUCGUUGGUAAACAAAUUUUUAACCUUCGAGACUUUCGGUUUUAUGCACAACGAAAAAGAAGGAAGUCUGCUGCGCCACCGCAGAGUAGCACCACGCAAUGUACAGAAGAAACAGGUGGAUUUGGAUCCUUUGCUGAAUCAAAUUCCUUAGAAUUGUCUAAGUUUGAAGAAGUCGUCCCGACACCUAGUAGAGAAAGCAGUCGACCUAAAAUAGCUACGACCAUAGCAUUCAUGUUGAAGAAAAAGACGACUAAAAUUUGUGAAACUGAUGAAUCCAAUAUGUCUGAUAAAUCAAGUAAUUUGCCUAAAGACAGUCCCCAUAAUGCUUUGCGAUUAGAGAAAAUGUCUGUUUCACCACGAUCUAAUUUUGCCUUGUCGGAACUAAGUAAUACGGAUUUUGCACGAAAAGAAUCUUCUAGAACUGAAAACUCUAUUCAAGUUCGGGAACCUUCGAAAGAUUUUUCCAAAAAGAUAGAAGGAACCAAGAACAUGCCAAGCACAGAGGAAACAGGAGACGCAAAGCACUCUGCAGACUUACAUAAGGAAAAAAUGAGUGUUCACAGUAUAAAGUCAAAGAAGUACACUAUUAUCAUGUUAUCAAUUACAGUCGCUUUCAUCAUUAGCUUUUUACCAUACUUGUCCCUCAUGACAUGGAGAACAUUAUCAAAAGAUUAUGAACCAAACCUGUUAUCUAAAUCGGAACUGGUAGCAUUUCAAAUUUUUCUUCGCUCCUUUCUAAUAAACAGUGCAGUUAAUCCUCUGAUAUAUGGGUUUCUGAAUACAGAGUUCAGGAAUUUCCUCAAAGCGUGUUUUUGUUGCUGGAAGAAUUACCCAUUUCGCCAGGCCAGGUCUAAUAGCAACGGUUAUUCAAGGACAGUCUAAUAGCUUAAAGUUGCUAGAGUCAAUGAAGUUUAUUCUAAGAUCUUAACGUUUCGAUAAGUAGACUACUUCAGGAGCAAAUGUGUGUAUUGACUGUGUUUGUGUAUGUCUAUUAUUUGAAGCCCUUUGUCCCUCUGUUUCUAUAUGAGCGAAAAAUUCUCGAAUGGGACUUUGAACAACAUAUAAACGAUUACCGGGGUAA